AUGCCUGUUAAUAUUCAGGUUGAAGGUUUUAAUACUACUAAUAGUAGCCUUUCUGUAUUAAAACAAGAAAAACUCGUAAUAAAAGAAUUUUUCGAUUUUACAAUUUUUAAACAUAAUCAAGAAGCAGUAACAGAGGAGGAAUUAACAAUAUACUCACAAGAUACUAGUGUUUCUGAUAAUGAAUAG